AUGUCAUUUGCAGUCGCCGCCAUGGUGUACAGUGGUGAUCUUGAAAGACGAUCAUUGGUCUCGGAUGAAGCCACGCCUGAGUCGGAUGAUGAGGAGGAGCUCCAUUGUCGCCAUUGUGGGCAUCGUUGGGAGCAGACGGCCAAAUUCUGCCAAAAGUGCGGAGCAAGGCGUCAUGGGAAGGGUCUUCGACGGUCGGCGUCAGCGCUGUGUCAAAGCUGUUGCUGCUGUAGUUGUUUGGUGCUUCUGCUCAUCCUGGUGAUUGGCAUUCCGCUGGGUCUUCAUUACGAGAUCAGCAGCUUUGAAACCUGGCUCGCCUCAGUGGCUGCUAGUGUUCUCUCAGCCACCAUGGGGGUGCCAGUGAGCUUGGACUCAGUGGACAUUGACAUUUUCGGUGGCCGAGUGGCUGUAGAGGAUCUUAGAGUUGGAAGUCCCUCAGGCUUUCAGCAUGAUUUUCUGGACCUAGACCACCUGGUCUUCGACAUAGAUCCCAUGUCACUGCUGCGAUCCCGGCUCCUGGGAUCGGUGAAUUUUCCCAGCGAAGUGGAGGAGAUCACGGUGCAAAAGCUGCAUGUCUUCGUGGAAGAGCUGGUGGCAGAUUCGCCGUCCAACGCAAAGGUCAUCGUGGAUCAUUUGAAUAGCUUGGCCAUCAGCACCGCAUUGUCGGCACCAACUUCUCAGCAAGUAGAGGACGGGGCUGCCGAGGCGGUUCAUGCUCUGACCACCAAGAUCAAGGCAGACCUGAUCCAGCUGAAAGAUGUGGCCAUUGGCUACUGCAGCCAGCCCAGCUGUCAGAAAUUUGGCCCUGCGACCUAUGAGGUCCCGGAGGUAAAGAUUACAGAUGUAGGAAAGAAGAGCAACGGAGUUUUCCUGUACCAACUCGCCGAAGUGGUGGUGCGAACGUUGCUGCUGGCCGUGUUAAAGGCUGCACCCGAGAACUUGCGAGAGAAUCUGCUGCGUGCCAUUGGCUCUGGGAUCAAGGAUCAGUUGACCAGUCUGGACUUUGGCAGUGUGGACUUUGGUGAUGGCAACGGACUGCAGAGUGCAGGCCAAUUGGCUGGCUGGGCCUCUGCCAAGGUGGCCCUGCUACCGCUGGAAGCCAGCAAUGCGGCGGUGGCGCUGAACACCAAAGCCUUAGAGGCUGAGAAUGCCAUCCGAAACGGAGCCAUCUCCACGCAGGCCAAGAUGGGUUUGGAAGCCGCCAAGAUGGGCACCAAAUUGACGGACAUGGGCGUCAAGGCCAACACCGCCUUUACGAACAUGGGAGUGAAAGCGAACACUGAGCUGUUGAAUGCCGAAACCAAGGCGAACAACUUCUUCAACGGUCUGAGGAACGAUUUUACCAGCGGUUUCACCUCCGGUCUCAGCAUGGAAGUCUUGCUAUUUUCCUAUAUUUUCCUGCUCUUGCUAAAGUUUAAGCUUUGCUGCAGCGGAUCCGACAACGCCGUUUGCAAAGCUGAAAAGGACACCACAGAGGGAAACGUGCCCAACUGGCACAGAGACAUCGUGCGCGUGUGCGAGAACAUCCCCAUUGUGCUAGUGGGCAACAAGGUGGACGUCAAGGACCGCCAGGUUAAGGCCAAGAACAUUCAGUUUCACAGGAAGAGGAAUCUGCAGUACUACGACCUCAGUGCCAGGAGCAACUACAAUUUCGAGAAGCCGUUCCUGUGGCUGGCACGACGUUUGACAAACCAGGGCAACUUGCAGUUUGUGGGUCAGUUCGCCAAGGCUCCUGAGAUUCAGAUCGAUCAGUCGUUGAUUGCGCAGCACGAGAAGGAGCUGCAAGAGGCGCAGAAUGUGGCCAUCAACGAUGACGACGAGGACCUGUAA